GCGGGAAGUAUGGCGGCGUCCGCAGCAGCUGUGGGUGGAUCGACCUCAAGGACUGAGGCGACUAAGUCACCUAUGGGCGGUUCAGUAAUUAAUUGGUCCGGGCAAGGAUUACAAAAACUAGGACCAACUUUGUCCUGUGAUGCAGAUACACAUACUUUGAUUCUAGAUAAAAACCAGUUAAUUAAAUUGGAAAACCUGGAGAAAUGCAAGAACUUGAUGCAGUUGUCUGUUGCAAAUAAUCGGCUGGUACGAAUGAUGGGUGUAGCAAAACUGACUCAGCUUCGGGUACUAAACUUGCCUCAUAACAGUAUUGGUUAUGUAGAAGGAUUGAAGGAUAUAGUGCACCUAGAAUGGCUGAACCUGGCAGGAAAUAAUUUAAAGAUGAUAGAGCAGCUCAACAGCUGCACAUCACUUCAACACCUUGAUUUAUCAGACAACAAUAUAUCUCAAAUAGGUGAUAUCUCAAAGCUUUCCUCUCUGAAGACUCUUUUGCUUCAUGGAAAUAUCAUAACAUCAUUGCGCACGGCUCCUGCUUGCUUACCUCAAAGACUUGCUAUUCUUUCUUUGGCAGAAAAUGAAGUCAGAGACUUAAAUGAGAUUUCCUUCUUGGCUUCCUUCCCAGAGCUGGAGCAAUUGUCAAUUAUGAACAAUCCCUGUGUGAUGGCUACUCCUUCCAUCCCAGGAUUUGACUAUCGGCCAUAUAUUGUUAGUUGGUGUCUCAGUCUUAAAGUCCUUGAUGGCUAUGUGAUUUCUCAGAAAGAAAGUUUGAAAGCAGAGUGGCUUUACAGUCAAGGAAAGGGAAGAUCUUUUCGUCCAGGCCAACAUGUUCCGUUAGUACAGUACCUUGCUAGUGUUUGUCCUCUUACCACUGUGUUUGGGCUCCAAACUGCAGAGGAUGCCAAACUGGAAAAAAUACUACAUAAGCAAAGGUUGCACCAGAGGCAACUGAUGUACCAAAGCCAAUCUGACGAGACCCCUGUUUCCUUGCCUUGCAAUAAAGAGGUGCCUGUUACCAGUGAGCCCAGCAGCCCUGCCCAUGGAUCACAAAUAAGGACUGAACGAGAACCUGUUAUCCAAAAGAAUUCCUGGGUCAGGCCAAGAUCUAAUGAUGACCAUUCCUACGCAAUUACCAAUGCUUUUCUAGCAUCUCCCCAAAGUGAAAGAAAUGCUUGUGAAGACCUUUAUCUGGAAGACAUACAAACAGAUGAGGACAAGCUAAACAGCAGUCUUCUGUCCUCAGAGUCUACUUUUAUGCCUGUUGCUUCAGGGUUGUCACCAUUGUCUCCUACUGCUGCAGAAUUGAGACUUCAUGGAAUCUGUAUUGAUACAGAAUAUAUGAAUGAUACUAACCUUGGAUUUGGAAAAGAGAUUAAUAAAGAAGAUGAAGAAAAGCAGGAAAAGACUCUUUUGGCUGUCGGGGAACAUCCCAUCAAAUCAGCAGAGAUUAUGGAAACUCAAAGGAAAGACCAAACAGAAGGCAAUUUGUCCAUUUCCACUUUAUCAGUAGCCACUAUUAGUCCACCCACUGACACUGGAAGCUGUCCGGUAUCCUCUGAAGACUGUGUUCAGUGUAGUCACAUUGAGCAGUUGCAUAUUCCUGAAGAGGACAUAAUCAAAUCUGCUUCUCCUGCCACAAAUCUGGAGGAGAGGUCUACUGAUCUCUCAGCUCCUUUAUGUCAAAAGGAUGAUGCACUUGAAGAAAUGGCCAGAGCAGCCACAAAGCUACAAGCCUCUUGGAGAGGAUAUUAUACUAGGAACCACCAUCCCAGAGCCAAGGAGGUGCGCUAUGAAAUACGACUCAGCAGAAUGCAGGACCAUAUUAUGCAUUUAACUGAAGAAGUUAAAAAAUUAAGGAAAGAAAAGGAUGAAGAAAGACUUCAAAGAAAGGUGCAAGGGGAGGCUCUCAAAUUCCUUUGGGACCAGGUUAGAUCCAUUCAGGAAUGGCAACUUUCUUUAAACCGACAUCUAAGUAUUAUCUGGAAGGAUGGCAUUCCUACCUCAAGCGCUUUGUGUCCUUCAGAGCUACCUAUAGAGUCAUCUGGACUAAAUCAAGUACUUUCUCCUGUUGCUAGUUCUACCUGGUUAGUUUCAGCUGCUGAAGCUUGUCAUCAGCGAUCUUUACCAGAAUUUCCUGAUUCAGGCUUUCAUUCAUGUGUGACUGACCAAAAUUGCCUUAAUGAAUCACAGAGGUCUGAAGAAAGUUUGACGGAAACAAACGACAGCACUCUAGGGACUUCUUUGGAAACCGUCAAACUCCAUGAAGUUCCUCUUUCAGGCUGCCUUUCAGAUGUGGAAGAGAUUCAACUGAGCCAUGGGGAAUGUAGUGAAAAGGGAUCUAGCUGUGAACAGGACAACAGCCUUCUUCAGCAGUAUUUAAAAUCAGUUGAGCAGCUCAAUGAUGCUGAUGAAAAAGCAAGCUGCAGCAAUGACACAGAAAGCACUAGGCCCAAGGCAGCUGUUUCAUUAGGAAACCUGGCUGCCUCAGGCUCUCAAGAUGCAUUUGCAUCAGAACAAGGUGGAAUUGGUCAAGCAUCUGAAAGGUGCGAUUUGAAUGCAGAAAUAGCAGAAGAAAAACCAACAGACUGUGACUCUUCGUUCCAGGCACUGCCUGUCAGCAUAACUGUGUAGCAGACAUAGACCUGUUAAAUCAGUAGAAAAGCCACUUAACAUUUUUUAAAAUAAAUGUUUAUACAAAAUUUGAAUUCUUUUUGGAUGCUGUUUUGGACUUCCAGUCCCUUGCUGUUAGAACACUUUUGCUUAUAAAUAGCAUUUUCCUGAUCUUCUAACAUUUGACACUGUGUUAAACUGUAGCAGGUACAGUCACUAUGAUGGAUAUAAUGCACUUAAUUCAAGUAUUUAUGACUGACCAAUAACAGGUUUCUAUGAAAUAUAAUUUUGAACAUUCUAACUACUUUUCUCUUACUUUCAUUGAACUAAGUGGUUAGUUUUUCCUAAAUACAAAGCAUACUUUCUUACUAUAUUCUCACUUUAGUUUGCUAGAUGGAGAAAUUAAAACUAAGAAUAUUUGUAAUUUGGGAGAAGUAGGCAGAUGCCCAAGGGAAAAAAGAUAGUCAACAUUUAUUAUAAUCUACAUUUAUAAUAAUCUAACAGAAGUGUUUUGACAGGCAGUUCAAAAAUAUAUGCUAAUAAACUCAGGUACUAAGCCAUAGAUUAUUUCCUUGCCUUGCUACAUGCACAGAUCAUUUUGCUUAAAAAACAGUUAUCAAUAUGCAGUGAUGUGUUUUUGCAAGCAUGGUUGCUGACUUUCAUCUAGCUCAGUUGGUAUCAGAUAGGAAUGAUAUAAUUGUCCAUGACUCUAUUCAGACAUCAUGAGCAAACUUCAUGAACCUAGUUAAUAGGUGUGCUCUCAUGCUUCCUCCCUUGUGCAAUGAUUGAAGAAAGAAGCCUUAGGGUUGCAAAAUCUGUCUGCAGCUGCCUGGAUUAUUUGUGGUUAUUUUCCUUCACAGUAACUGGGAUUCUUAGCCACAGUUGUAUCCUGCUUAAGAAUAAUAUUUUGUGGGGAGGCAAUAAGCCCCAAGUGGCCAGGCAGCUGCAUUCUGAUGAUAUGACAAUUAUAGGUAUUUCAAGAUUUUUGUCAUUCUCUGCAUGAGGUGGAGGGAGGGAGUUAACAAGCACAUCUAUUAACCUGACUCAGUGUUCAUCAAAAACAAACUGGGAUUUGUUCAUGAUGUCUGAAUGAAGCUUGACAGUUACCCUGAUUUCUCUGACAACCAGAUGAAAACUUUUUGUGAUGCAGGUAUGCCGAGCCGAAGUUUUUAGAAGCUAGGGAGGAGACAUUUCUUCAGCCUUUAGCUCUGCAUUCCAAGGUCCUCUUCAGUUUUGCUGCAGUACAGAUGGGUGGAUAAGAGAUUCUUAAGGGCAAGUGGUCUGACUUGUAUUGGCUAUAGAUUUGCAUAGCAUGCUACUUCAGCUGUUCUGGCACAAACCAGUGCUGAUGCUGAAGUGGAAGGUAAUGUUGGACUCAAAGAAUUGCUCUGGUUUAUGUCUCUGUCUGCUCAGAAUACAAGAGAUAAGCUCUGUGACUGGAUUGGCUCACUCCUAAAGAGGAAUUGGCCUCUAUCUGAUGGCCCUGCCAUGUUACAGUGCCUCAUGAGUCUCAGGGCUUCUUGCAAUCAUGGAGACUCAUAAGUCCUCCUGAUUCCAGUUAUAACUAUUCAGGAAGGUAACUGUUGUGUUUCCAACAUGAACCCCGCUGGUUUCCAUAGUUUUUACUAUUAAUUAUGAGCAGCGGUGACUGAGUAUUUUUAUAUUAAGAUUUAGGAACACAAAGAUGUAAUCAUUAGUGGGUUGGGUGUAUUUCUUUUUUCAAUAUUAGGUAUAAAGAUAAGGUUGAAGGCAGCAUAAAGAACAGUGAUGCAGUCCAAAGUUUGUCAUGUAUAUAUGUCUAGACAUUUUGUAAAAAUUUUCACCAUUUCAAGUUUAACUUUCAGAUUUACCGCCAUGGUAUUUAGGAAUGUGGGAGUUUGUGCUGUGAUCUUGCAUUAGAAAAUAAUGUAUAAAGGGGUUUAAUUGAGAAUUUGAUCCUUUAUCUCAGCUUCACUUCCAUAAGAUUAUCCACUAUGUUUUUAACAUCGUAAAUAUUACUAUUCUGAUCUUGCCUCCCCCUGUUUGGAGUUGCUAGUAAUAUUUUCAUGGUAUGCAUUGAUUAUUGCUCACUUUUUGUUUUGAACAUGAAAUUAAUGAAGUUAAUUUUAAAACUAAUGAAAUUAAUAGAAGCACAAUGCUAUUGCGCCAGUUAAGUCUUUAAUAAAGGCAAAUGACUUCCAUUGAAGUUAAUGGGCUUAGUUUAUAAUUCUGCUUAGGAUGGCACUGAUACUGACUAAAUACCUAGUUGAGAGUGAGACCUAAAAGAACUGCAUACAGUCCAGGCAAAGUUACAUACUUUUAGCUCUCGUGAAUAUGGAGAAAAUCAGUGGGAUAUGAAAUAGUUUAACUCAAGUUGUUUUGGAAACUAUACAAAGGUAUUAUCUGCAUUGCCAAUGAACAAAAGAAUUUAAGAAAUAUAUUUCUGAUAGUGAGGGGAUUAUAACAAUUAGAUAGAGAUAAUGAAGAUGUGUGUUAUAAAUUUUCCUGCAUAUCCACCAUAUAGUAUGAAUUGCACAUCUGCCUACUGACUAGUCUUCCACUCCCAUAGAAGUCAGCUGAAAUUGAAGAACUCCAGCAUUUUGGAGAGCUGAGGAACCACUAUUUUGGAAUGUUUUAGGAAGGACCUCUGUGGACCAUUGAAAGAAAGAUGUAGAUAAAGAUCCCCCUUCCUCCGCUGCUGUUGUUGAAAUAAGAAACAGUGAAAAUGGGGAUUGGAUAGAAAUCAGCAGCAUCUUUCAAAGCAAAAUGCUAAUUUAACCGAGCAUGUGCUAGAAAAGCAAAGAGUUUCUGCCUGAUUAUUAAGGACCAUAAUUUUCAAAGGCCCGAUAUAUGUUCUGCCAUUAUAUUUUGACACAUUUGCCAGUAGCUGUCAAUAGCCACACUGAGUGUUCUUUCACACUGCACUGGAGUGAUCUCUCCCCACCUACAAACAGACAUGCUCGCUGGCAGUGAAAUCCAUUGGGUAUUGUCCUGCUGCCUCUGUCGGGCAUGGUACUUAACUGCUUAUCUGCUUGAUGCAUGGAGGACUAAACUGGAUUGCUGAUGUACAGAGGGCAUUCUGAAGAAAUAAAAUAUGUUGCCAGUUUCCAUGACGAGAAGCCUCAGAGUGUUCAGUGUUUGUCUAUAGCAGUGAAGUGCAACAAAACAAAAAAAAGGUCUUGUUUUGCUUUCAUGCACAUCUCUACAUGUAAGUUACAGCUAAAAUGCUUUUAGUAUGGGGAGGUGUUCACAAUAUGAGUAAAUUUUUUCAAAGCAUUUUGUUCUGUUAGGUAUGAUCUGCAUGUAUAGGUAGGGAACAUUGGUUUAGUUUCUGCAGAGUGACUUGUUUGUGUAUAUGUAAAACAACUAAAUGGUAUUAUAUAUACUAGAAGGACCAGUAGUUCUGCUUUUACUGUCAGGAAGAAAAAGGGCUGAGAGUUCUCAGAUUAGCAAAAUAAAGUUAUUUCUUUUUGAAGCUAGCAUAUCAUUGGAUUCUUAAAGCAUUUUUUAAAGUGUAUAUAUGUGAUGUCAUCAGAUCAUUUAUAUACACAUAUAUAUGAUCUGCUGUCUACUUUUUCUAAGCCUUAAGCAUUAACAGUAAGUCAGAUUCCAUUUCCAUCUCUAGAUAAACACAUACUCAGAGGAUUUGGGUUUCUGUUGCUGGAAGCCAAGAAAGGAACUGAAAGGGUGAAAAGCAAGAACAGCCUUUCCUCCCCUCUUCACACUUAAUUGCACCACUUCUUUGGUGGCUGUUCCUUUUUGGCUGCUACCUAAACUUCCAAAGGCCACAAGCCAACUAUUUUUGCCUUUUUGUGAUAAAGGAGGGAAGAGGAAUUGUGAUGCAUUUUAAUGCUACUUUUCUUCCUGCCUCUGGCAAAGUGGUCAGGAAGGUGUUUUUGUCCCCAGCAAUAGUGGUAGCAACUUAAUGGUGGCAUGCUGAUGCACAUACUUUGCUUGUAUGCAUCUUUCCUCCUGCUGCACCACCUUUUAUCAUAAGAGCAGUGAAAAUAAGAAACACUGGAUUCUUUUUUCAGUUGGGGCCUGUAAUUUUUCAGUUUUCUUGUAAACAGCCUUGUGAUCGUGUGUGUUCCAAUAUUAUAAUCAGGAUUACUAUUGGCAUUUGCUGCCUUUCCUCUUGUAAGUAAAAUAUUUAAACUGGAAUCUUAAGCAUUUCUUGCUGAAAUCAUUGGGAUUUAUUUUCAAAUAAACAUGGCCGUGAUCAAGCUCCUACAUUUAUCAUUUUAAUCUUUGUCCUUUCUUUAAAGAACCUGAAAGCGAGAACACCAGUCAGUAUUGUUGCCACCUAUAUUUUCUUGCAUAGAUGUUAAUAUGAAUUGGGAAUAAACAAACUCUAGAAUUUUUAGCUCACUGAUCUGUGUUCUGCAGAUUUUGGGGCAACUCUGCCUCUUAUCAACCUUGAUUAAACAGCAUUUGUAAGAUUUUCAGAGGCAUUUGCUCUAACAUUGUUCUUACUGUAAUUAGUAGUAAAACAUCCACAGCUUCAGGUAGGACAAUGCUUAGGAGGACAACCCUUUUAAGAAGAUUUUUUUCCCCUUUUUAAAUAUGUAUGUGUCCACAGCAUACUCAGUCCGGCAAGGCAGUAAGAUUACAAGCUGGAUAAAUGCAAUUUGCUUAGUCAAGAUCAAGUUCAAAUAUGAAAUAGCCAUAGAAUCCUCUAUGCUGUAUAUUUGAGUGUAAUGUAACUUUUAUAGCAUCUUUUUUAAAA